CAAACGAGAGUCUGGUCAGAUUGCUAUUUGAAUUUUGUGACCGGUAGAGGGCGCUGAAAAAUGUAAACAAAUAUGGCAACUCCAGUAAAAGAAACUGACAGAAUUCGCUUUCCAGACAGUGACAGGUGUGUUUCUUGUUGUUUAGAAAACAAACAAAGGUACUACAUAAUCCGAAAAGAUAAGAACAAGGGUCCUGCUUUUGAAAUUGUAUGUUACUGUUACAAGAACAAUCUCUGUAUCGAAGAAAAUGUUGGGACAUAUGUGUGUUCGCCUUGUUAUAAACUGCUGCUACGAAUAAAAGACAUGGACUGCAGACGGUCACAAUUAUAUGACAAAGUUAUGAUGUCGUCACAAACAUUUAUUAAAGUCAUAUCUGUGAAAAAACGAAGUAUGGCCAUAGGAACACCUGGAACACCAAGACAAUCUAAGUUUCCUGACAAGAGAGCUACUCCAGAUCAAGGAUCCCUAGAAAAGCAGUCUAGACAACAAACAGUAAUUAGAAAGCCAUCAACAAGAUCAUUGUUUUUAACUCCAUCAAAAAAAGCCUCGAGCUCAUUCACAGAGGAUCUCGCUGUUCCAUUUUCACCUGGGCCUCAAAGUAGUAACCAACAAAAGAGAAUCAAAUCUUCAUCACUUUCGGUUAAGAAAACCCUGAAACAUACAGUGUCAUUUCGAUCUUCAAAACUCUGUGAACAGAUGCUUCCAAUUGUAAAAUCAUUAGCAAAUGGAAGCUUCAAAAAGGCUUUAUCAUUACUUGUAAAUUCUUCAGACCAUGCAACCAAAGAAAAUGCAAAGAAGGCAGUUAAGAAGUUAAUUGAACAGGAAUGCUGUGUCUUUUCAAAACAAACAAAUGAAUUUGAAGUACAUUUACAGAAACGGGAAACUAGAGAUUUGGAAAACUUCAACAUGAAAGAAAUUCAAAAGGAUUUUGAAAGUCAUGCACCCAUGUUAUGGGCAUGUGCAACCCAAGCAGCAACCUCUGGUUAUAGCAAGACAUUCGAUCAGGUUAAGGUUUGUGCAGCUUUGUGUGUUCUUUUGCAGGGACGUUCAAAAAUGCUUAACUCUCUUCAACAUGUUGUUGCCAUAACAAUGUACAACAACCAAUUACAGAAAGAUGGCUUUUCGGUGCUUGCAAAGCUGGGUUUUUCUGUAACCCAUACAACCUUGAAUGAAAAGUUGAACACAGCGAAAAAACUAAAUGAGCAAGUAAUGAAAACCUAUCAGAGGAGGUUAGCAGACACUAUUGCUGCUAAAAGUAUUGUGGAUAGGGUGAGCACUGAACACUCUUAUGCAGGAGGAUUAGAUCAACCCUCAGUCAUAGAUGAACAUUCCUAUUCAACCAUCUACCAUUCAGAAUUUCAACAACAUGGUGAACCCCUAGGCUACAGAUUUAACCUCGACAACCUGGACUUUCAUAUAAAAGUCAGGGAAAUGACACAGGAACAUCAAAAUGUGUCGAGGCAUUUUACUCAAAUCAUGUCUGUUGUAGAUAGAGUGAGCUGUGAGGGUUUCACAGAUGAGCCUGUCGGAAAUUUGAUGGAGGUUGAAAACAGCGAAUUUCUUCCUACUGCUGAGGACAAUUACACUCUUAGAAAAGACAUGAUACAGGUUGUAUCCAACAUUCUGAUCGAACAUCUGUCAUCCUUCAAAAUCUUUGAAAAUAUUUGUCCUAAACAAUUCCAACAUGCUUAUUCAGCAGAAAUGUCGAAGAAAUCUAUUGUGGUAUAUUAUAUAUGUCACAUUCAGAGUUGUUGUUAAAAGUUCAUGUUUUUUUUUCUUCAUUUUGGAAGAUUUGAAUUUAAUUGGAUGCAAUACUUUGAUUUGAUGCUUUGAUAUCUUGAGUUUUUCAUGC